UUAAACGCUUUCAUGGAUCGUUACGCCGACAGAAAGUUACCAGAGCCGUUGAUUAAAGAUUUCACGCGGAUGAUUCUUGAAGGUUUGGUCUCGAUUCACGGACAUGGUUAUGUUCAUUGUGACCUCAAACCAGAUAACUUGCUUGUCUUCCCUUCUUCUUCGAGACAAGAUUCAUCCUACGAGAUCAAGAUCUCUGAUUUUGGCAACUCGCUGGAGGUAGGAGAGGUUCCUCUUUUCUGGGAAACUGAUUUUCCGUGGGUGGGGACUCCGAUCUACAUGCCUCCCGAGUCUGUCCGUGAUGGCGUGGCCAACAAGUCUCUUGAUUUGUGGUCGUUGGGAUGUUUGGUUCGGGAGAUGUACACGGGUGUGAUUCCGUGGGAAGGCAUUGAACUAGAUGAUAUCGCUACCCUUCUCAUCUGUGGUGAAGCUCCAUGGAUACCUGAGUGUUUACCUUCAGAUGCAAAGGCUUUUAUCCAAACGUGCUUCUCAAGUGACCCUGAGGACAGAGGAAGCGCUUACGAGUUGUUGUUUCAUCCGUUUUUGCCUCGUCCUGAAGUUCAAGAAGAGGAGAAGAAAACGGUGGACAAGACAAGAAGCUCGUUUCUAUUGAAGCUGUUGAAGUUGAGAAUCAGGGGAAGAAGUUUGAAGAGGAAGAAACCAACUAAGGACGCUCUUGCUGUUUCAGAUAAGAAGCCUCUGAAGUUGAGGUUUUUCCCCACAAAGGCCCAACAGUUCAAGAGAACUCUGAACAAGGUCUUGAGGUUGAAGGCUAUUCCCAUGAAGAAAUCGUCUGACUUCAAUUUAGUUUCUGUUCAUUAG